UCACACAGUCACGCGUGCAGUUUAAAUCUCCGGCGGGCUAACUACUUAGCAGGUUUGACAGGAUUAGUCGUCAAAAAGCACCACAGAGAAGGGGGUAAACAUUAACCAGAGCAGUGUGUUUGCGUGUCAGGAGAAGUUUUUACUCCACGGGGAAUCAUGGCGACGAACAGCUCCGUGUGGCUGAAAGGGAAAAUGUUGUUCAAGUAUCCCGUCAAUCUGCAUCGAGCCUCCAGGUAAAACGCUGUUUUAUAAGGAAACGUUAGCUUGCUGAGAGUUAGGAGAGGCUUGGGUACCGUUGUGUAAGACUAGCGGUAAAAUCUGACUUAUAAUUGAUCUUUAAUUCAUUAUAAAGCACUAAUUUAUUCCAAACAUUUUAUAAGAGACCCUUUAGUGGUUGCACUAUGUCAAAGUAUAAAAAAACAACAACCGUUUGUCGUUUUUAACCGUAAUUUUUCCUGCUGUCUCGCGUUACUUUCUCACCCCAUAUGUCAUACUUUUACCACAGAAAUCUAUGGUUAAUUAUAUUUAAACUUGCUUUAUCUUACUCAUUUAAUUUAAGAAUCAAGGGUCAUUAUUAACAAAACAACAGGGCAGAUUUCCAGACCAGCUUUAAUCAUUUGCUGGGCUUCUGAACUUUGUCCUGUAAAGCCUCACUAAGUAUAUCUCCCUCUUGUAAACUACUUAUCUCUGCUCACACACUGUCUACAUUCACUCCGUGUCUGGCUGCACUGAAAUGCAAGUUGUUGUUGUUUCUUUCUUCUUCUUUUUUUUUCUUCUUUUUAACAUAUAAAUAAUGCUAUUUUUGAAGAGGGUGCCAUGGGAGUUUCAUUUCUAAUUAUAGUUCCCAAUUAAAGCCAUUUGCCUAUGAGGUUAUUAAAAGAGGCGUCCCAGUAACCUUCAAAGUUUGUGGUUGUAAGAGUAAUAAAUUACAGCCUCACUCGGAGAGUGUUUGUGAUUGACAAACUGCCUCUAAAGUGCUGCAAGUGUACAAUAUAUCUCCCUAAUCCAUGAGUGGGCAUUGCUAUUCUCAUUGGGCUGUUAUUGGUUUAACAUUUCAUGUCCUGAGGAGGAAAAAAAACACAGAAAUAGAGGUUAUUUUUGACAAUUAAGCAGCUUUGAAAUGGUCUCAGACUUAUGACUAAAUAGGUUUAUAAAUAGCAAUGAAGUCAUAGAAAUGCCCUUGGAUUGUGGAGAAUGAGGACUCUCUUUAACUCAGCUAAUGAGUCAGCAUUUUUGUGUUGCCCGUGAAACAGCGGAUGAUUUUCAUUUUUAAUCAAUCAACUUUAGGGAUGCUGAGUUUUAUUGGCAUAACAUCAGUAUCUUUAAAGGAUUGCGUAGAAAGUUUAUCAUUGGUAGUAACAGAUAUAAAUGUUUUGCCGGUAUGUAGUCUGUAAUGCAUUAAUUAUGUGCGUGCAAUGACAGCUUAAACUCAACAACAACAAACUUCAACAUGUCUGCUGUAUGGAUGUAUUUAGCAGUGCCUGAACCAAACAGCAGACACGUUAGUGAAUGUUUUUAAUAGAAAAAGAUGGUCAAAUCAGAAUUUGUUUGUCUUAUUUUAUGUCUGUUUCCUGAACAGACUCAUAAUACGAGUAAUGGGUAAUAAUAGUAAUGGUUUAAUUCACAGGCAGAAACCUCAAGCUGAACCUGAGUCUUUUAAAAAGUCAUUUGUGAUAGUGAUAAGCUUGGGAUGUGGGAUGGAUGGAGAUGCAGACUAGAGACCCAACAACAGCAGAUACAGCACAGUAAUAAAGAGCCAAGGCAACAACCUUAGUGAUUAAGUUAAGCUACUUAUCACCUGUCCGUCUGAACUCGUUGAUUCUGAUCGGUCCAAACCAAAUAACAUUGGUUAUUCAUUCUGAAGAGUAAAAGCUGUGGUAGGAGCACCCUGGUCACCCAUGCCAUAUCAAAUCAAUCCAUGGAAGGAAGUUUUAGUGCAUCUAGUGUAAUGUUUAAGAAUUUACCUCUUACUGUUGACAAUCUGACAAGAUCAAUCUGGUUGUCUGUUGUAAAACUGUACCAUGUAAAGAGGAAACAACAAUCUGCUGCAGGUCUCAAGCCAAUUUUAGAUGGCGUGAGAUGCAUCUAUGCUCUAAAGAUGGGAUCUCUGAUAGUAUGAGGUUGCAUCGGUGCCCAUGGUAUACAAACUGAUAUUCAGGGUUUGGAGUAACAUAAGCUGUCACCCAGGCACUGCCUUCUUCAGGGAAGAUCUGAUACUACAGCAAGAAGAUGCCAAACUUCAAGUAUAAAACCAGUGUGGCUCUGUAGUGGAAGAGUUGGGGUGCCAAACAGGCUGACCCACAGUCCUUGCUUGUCACCUUUUUGAAAACAUUAGAUGCAUCAUGAAAUGAAAAAUAACUGUUGAGCAGCCAAAAUCCUUUAUCAGGCUUUCAGAACUCUAAAAACUGGACUCCUUACAGCAAUGUUCAAAGAUGAAGUGAUGCAGCACAACAGUCAGUAUACUCCUCCCCCACCUGUUGGCAUUCAAUUCAAAAUGAGCAUAUUUUUUUUUUAAACAGAGACACUUUCCAUAUUUGAUAUGUUGUCUUUGCACUUUUUUUUUUUGUUUACAAAAUUUUGACUGUAAUUGAUUUGCAAACUAAUCUUCAAAUGGCAGGGUGGCCCAGUGGUGUAGUGGUUAGCACUGUCGCCUCACAGCAAGAAGGUCCUGAGUCCAAAUCCAGCUUAGGGUGUUUCUGUGUGGAGUUUGCGUGUUCUCCUUGUGUCUGCGUGGGUUUAUUCCGGGUACUCUGGUUUCCUCCCACAUCCCAAAAACAUUCAGAAGUGGGGUUAGGUUAAUUGGUCACUUUCAAAUCGCUCAUAAGUGUGAAUAUGAGCGUGGCUGGUUGUUUGUCUCUGUUUGUCAGCCCUGCGAUGAACUGGCGAUUUGUCCAGGGUGUCCCCUGCCUUCGCCCGAAGAUGCUGGGAUAGGCUCUAGCCCCCCCACGACCCCAGGAACUGGAAUAAGCGGUAGAAAAUGGAGGGAUGGAUGGAUAUUCAAAUCGCAUCCCAGCUCUUACAAAACUGGGGCUGUGUAUUCCCCCCUCGUUUCUUGGGAACAACCUGAGCACACAACAGAUUGCACUCUCACCUCUCCUCUUUCUGACUGAGACAGUUAUUUGUUAUCAAAUAGUGAUCUCAGCCUCUUGGAUUGUGACAAUAGCUCUUAAAAUGCGCGAUAUUCCUCUUUUAUCCACUUCAGAGGAGUUGACAAGAAGUUCUUGCUGAAGACACAAGCUUUGGCAUUCAGCCCACUCACUCAUACAGUAUGCAUGUUUUUCACAUCAAAGCAUAUUAGCAUGACUAUCUUUUUCACCCAUAAGUCACGCACAUCUCCAUGUGUCUUUUAAGUUUGUCUUCCCAGCAUCGAUAACUUCUCUGUCUUAUGUGGUUGCUUUGAGCCUUUGUUAAACUUUCUUUUUUAUCUGAUUUCUGUGUAGGAGGUUUUCAGAGAGCAGCGACAAAGGCUGGUUCCGUUCCUUAUUUGUGCACAAAGUGGAUGCCAGGAAAGAUGCCCACUCCAACCUGCUGUCGAAGAGAGAGACCAGCAACCUCUACAAAAUCCAAUGUAAGAAGACAACCUUUUACUUGUUUUCCCGUAAAGGGACUCCAGAGGGCAACAUGCAAGUGAAUGUGAUGCAAUUUCAUAAUGUUUUAAUGAAAUGGGUUCUGGUUUGAGUCUCAGCAGCCAAUUUGUUUGAGGAGAAAACCGCUAAAUGAAUCACGUUGAUCAAAUUUAAUCCACGCUGGCCUCAGUGACCUCUAGAGAAAAGGAGGGUAACAUGAGAGAAAGCAUUGUUCCAGGUUGUUUGUGCAUCAUACAGUCCAAACAAGGCAUCCUACAUUUUGAUGUGGAGUUUGAUGUGCUAAGCCUGUAAAGUUUUAUAAGUGACAUCAAUAUAAUCUGUCUGGUUUUCUCUUUGUGAUAACUUUUUCGUGUCUGUCUCUUGAAGAGAAAUCUAUCAUCCACACCGAGCUUUGAUCUUUUUCUUUUUGUGCCGUACAUCUCACCAUGUGGGGAUUUCAAUUUGAACACUCUAUCAGCCGUAGCCUACAACCCAUUGAAAGCAAAUUUGUUUUUUGUGUAUAGAAGUCUUUGUUGAAUCGGAGUGUGAAAUUACUUUGUUGAAGAAUUUGAUUGUUGCUUGUAUUUUAAAGAAACACCCAUUUCUCAUAGGCCUGGAUCUUUUUUUUUUUUUUUUUCCCCAGUUCACAAUGUCAAACCAGAGUGCCUGGAAGCCUACAACAGUUUAGAGUGAGUGUAUGAAGUGAUUUCUCCUUGUGUGUUUGAUUAGGUUUCUGUCAUAACAUACUCUUUAGAAAAACUUUAAUUUAUAUCAAUAUUUCCAACUUAGCAACUUGGAUGACUAAUGUUUUUUAAAAAAAAAGCAGGGUACAACUUCAGACUCCCAGGAUCAUAAGAUUAAUAUAGCUUUAAAUCAAAGUCACAGGAUUAAUGUCUUCAGAGUGUAUCAACACCCUUAGAUAAUUGUGGACUCGAUUCUCUCAAAGUGCCCUCUUGGUAGUCAUUGUUGUGAAGUGACGCUGCUAUAUAUUGAGAAUAUGUGAGGAUUGUUUUUGUUGUUGUUGUUGUUGUUGCUGUUGGUGUAUGUAGAGCUGAAGUGCAAAACCGGCUCCAUCAGGACCAGGACUACCCUUGCGAAGUGGUUGGAAGCUGGAACACCUGGUAUGGAGAGCAGGACCAAGCAGGUAAGCAGCAGUGUGUCAGUAAACAGAAAACAUGAUGAGAAAUGUUCUCUGUAAGCACAGAUAGGUGAGUUCAUUUUUCUGUCUCAAGGCUGCAUGAACAGCAGAGCUUAAUUUGAAUGGCUGCCAUGUGGCUGCAAAAUGUUUGGCAGAGCAUCACAGAAAAAUGUACAGACGCUAUUGGAUGACUCAUCGGCAACACUUCUCUUUUUAUAACUGAUCCUUUACAGUGUUAUUGUACACAUAAUGAGUGCUCAGUGAGAGCAAAAGGUGGUAAGAUGUCAUGCAGGUACUGUAUCUGUUGGAUGUGUGGGUGGCAUGAGUUCUUAUAUGGAGCUACAGUGACAUCUGCUGGUGUGUUUUUGCAGUGCAUCUGUGGCGGUACAGAGGAGGUUACCCGGCUUUGACUGAAUGCCUGCAGAAGCUGAACACUAACAAGGUCAGCAGUGAUCAGUUUUAUCAUUUCUAUCCAUAAAUCUGGUACAGAGGAGGGAGAUUUGAGCAAAAGCACAAGACAAAACUACAAUUUUAGGUGCAACAUAUAUUAACUAUCCAGAGUUCUAGUUUAACUUUGUGGUUAUAACUCACUAUUUCGAUCAGGUUUGUGAAUUUCCCUCCUCUCUCUUUAGGAGUAUUUGGAGUUUCGAAAAGAGAGGGCAAAAAUGUUGAUCUCAAGGCGAAAUCAGCUCCUCCUGGAGUUCAGUUUCUGGAAUGAACCCCUGCCAAGACCAGGACCCAACAUCUAUGAAAUGCGUACCUAUAACCUCAAGGUAUUCACAUAACACACACAGCUGUAACAAAAUCUCACAUUUGUUUAAAGAUUACUCAAAAGAUUACAUGUUAGUUCCUAGUGACUGCGUAUGAGUGAUCAAUCAGAGCCGAUCUUUCAGUUUGCUCUUCCUUUUUUAAAUUGAAUCUAAAUUUACAUGAAAACAUCAAAGUUUAAUUCAAAACCUCGACUGUGCUGAGUGAGUACAGAUUCACAGAUUAGAUAUCUUACAGAGUCUAUAAGAAGCAAAGUGUCUUCUAAGAAAAUCAGCUGAGAGAACUCUUGUGUAAGCGACAAAGACUUGCGGGAAGAUCUGACGAUGAUGACGCAGACUUUCGGAGAAACAUGGCCCAUGUUAGGGCGACGUGGCACACUUUAUUCUCAGCAAGAGGCCCAAAAGAAGUCAUGUUGAGGGGGCGCUCUGAAAUCUACCCUUGUGUGACAAAAGACUCUUUGGUAUACAAGGCUGAUUUUAAAGAGCAGGAAGGAUGUGAUGCCCUCAGCGUGUAAAUUACAUUUCUUGGAAUUUAUUUCCACAGAAAAUUUUGGGUCGAGUUAAAAGAAAGCUGUGACAGCACAAAAACCAAUUUGCUAAGCUGUGCUGGAAGCUUUUGCCCUUGAGGAGUGGGUUAAGAGAAGGAUGUUGUUAGAGGCUACUGGACUUGUUUACUGGAAGCCAUAAAAGUGAAAGGAUGACAAACAUAAAAAAUAAUGAGAAUGAAGGAAAAACGGCCUAGUGGGCUUUUUGGAAUAAAAUUUUACACAUCUGUUUUUACUGGUACAAGGUAGAUGAUAAAUAUCACAUUUUCUUUGACUGUUUACUACAACCAGAGUGGAUAACCAUUCAUUGAAUUAUCACUGUGUUCAGCUCAAGUCACCUGUGUUAAAGCAUCAAAACAUCACUUUGUAAUUCUUUCGAUCAGCAUUUAGACUUAAAGAGCGAAGCAAAUUUCUUAUCUUUCAUCACCAGCCAGGAAUUUUUUAGCCCUCAGCUCAGCUACUAAUGGAAUGUAUUUUGUUUCUCUGUGGCUUAAGAGUAUUUUACUAACCCUCAUAUAUAUGGACGACAGUGGGUUGUCCACCACAGGAUCUGAAAAGUGGCUGAAAACAUGCCUGUAAUGGUCUGUGUAAAGCCAACUCUGAAGUUCCUUCGGUUUUCUUGGCAUGUUUAAAUAAACAAGCUAUGAAUGUGCUGUUGAACUGGUUUGUCUGCAGCAUUUUUGGCUGAACAGGCUGCAUGUACACAAGGAGAAGAAGUGACCUGUGUGGAGGAUUGCUGCUGCAGUUUAAACUGUUUAAUUAAAGUUAUAAAACUGAGUUAAUGCUCUACCUGCUUUUGUGGUUUUUCAGCCAGGAACUAUGAUCGAAUGGGGAAACCACUGGUAAGGAUUAACACUUCUUAAAUCGAGUCACUUCCUUCCCCUAGUUUGAACAUAAAUGAUUUUCUCAUGUGAUCAAUAUAAGAUGAAAAUAAAAUGUCCAACAACAGGGCGAGGGCUAUCAAGUACAGACAGGAGAACAAUGAAGCAGUGGGCGGCUUCUUCUCACAGAUCGGUGAUCUCUAUGCUGUUCAUCAUCUGUGGGGUGAGUAUGUUACAAUAACUUGAUGUUCAUCGCUUAUUAUACACAUCAGACUGAUAUUGUUUUGGUGUUUGAGAAGUCUGAAAGGACAAACUUGGGUAUCUGUUCAGAGGAUACCUGUCUGAGAUUAUCUCUGACUCUGUCAAAGUUGGUGCUGCAUGUUUGUUAGAAAUUGUUUUGAGGUUAUGUAUUGUUAAUUUUUUUUUUUUUUUUUUUUUUUUUUUUUUUUGGGGGGGGGGGGAUUUUCAUGAUUAGUUUAUAUAUAGAUUGACCAAUUUUGUUUUUUCAGGGCUGAUAAGGAUAUUGAAUAUGAGUUGGUAAUGAGACCAAUAGCCAAAAUUUUGAACCAAUAUGUAUACACUGUAAAAAUAAGAAACUUUCUAACAAAGUUUAAAUCUUUGAAUAUUAAAACCCCAAACAAAACUGAUGCCUGUGAUAAAUGUUGAACCAAACCUAAAACAUUUCACAUUAUCCACAGCAGUUAACAGUUACAAGUACAGUUAGGCCACCUAGCCAUGUGACAUCUGGCCAAUCAGAUAGAGUUUUUGGGCCGGACAUAAGAGGAGACAAAGUGAUACAGAAAAAAAAAAAGAAAACAGACCCAGAGGAGGAGACACACCAGCAGCAGAGCCGAAGUAGAACACUGAUUCAACUUUGUUGGCCAUCAGUUCAUUGAAAGGCUGAUACAGUUAUCAGAAGAUGCCAAAUAUCAGCCCUGAUGAUGAGGCAAGGUCAGAAAAAAUGAAAGUUUUUAAUGAAUGACAGAUUCACUUAUUUAAAAAGAACAGUUUUUAAUUUGUGAAAUUCAACUAAAGUGGCUUUGGAUUAACUUGACUCACUUUGUCUAAGAAUUAACAACCUUAAUGGAAAAAAGGUUUAGAAAUAGUACACCAUGAAGCUUGUUGUUAAUGUUUGACUCAUGGUUUGGCAAUAAGUUAGGAAAGGGAUUUUCUGUUCCAUCAGUUUGAAACAUGGAUAUCAUCACAUCCUGUUGAAAUGCCACAAUUACUCCCUGCUUUAAUGACCAGAUCAAAAAAAGUUAAACUGUCAUAUAGUUAUUUGAAAAGCUUUCAUUAAGCAACCAUUUAUCAACAUUCAGACAUGUGAAAGCAUCCAAGUCAGAUGGAUCAUUUUAAUUGAGUGGCUGUGCCUGGUUUGAUGAGCUAUGAUUAAAAAAAAAAAUCUGUUUUUCUAAAAAUAUGUGUUGAAUGUUGGUAAAAUUAACAGUAUUUACUUUAAAGCAGUGAAAAAUCAUUUACAGGAAAUGCAAUAACUCAUAUAUUUGUUUGUUUUUGUAUGCAGCCUAUGAAAGCCUUCAGUCCCGGGAAGAGACGAGGAACUCAGCCUGGAUGAAGCAGGGCUGGGAUGCAAAUGUUUAUUAUACAGGUCAGUGAGAUCUUAACCAGGCAAAUACGAUCCCAAGACAACUACUUCUUAAUGAUGUUUGACAUUACAAGGACAGUAAAUCACAAUAAAUUAAACCUUUUAAAAGAUGAUGUUUCAGUAUGUUCUAGCUGAGUAAAUGUCAUGAAUAACCUUAAACUUGGUCUGCCAUAUAAAUAUAGAAAAAGAUGGCCGGAUUAUUAUCAAACAUAGGCUGGAAUACACAGCCAAAAAAUGACUCAAAUAGAUAAUUAAGUUUACCAGAUUGCAACAGAUGAGCUCAGUAAAGGUUCCCCAUCAGGCCCUGUGAGGAAGAGAGCCCAAGGGUGGAUGCUAAGAAAAGAGAGGUGCACCCACAGACAAAAUAUAAUGAGAUUAGCGGUUUAGAAGCAGCAGAAAGUGAGCAGGUGAGCUGAUAGUAUGAGAGGUGUAAGCAGAUCUAAGUGAGCCAAGAUUUAGAUUAUUUUACAGAUGCACAGUGUAAGUUAGUAAACUCUUCUUUUGCUCUGACUGUAUGUUAUUGUUGAUUUUAAAUGUGUACCAAAGCACCAUAAACAUAUCAUACUUCAUUGCAACCAUUGUUCAGUGUUCCCAAAUCUUCUUGCCAAUACAAGGCUUGUAUUAGUGUGGUUAUUAGAGUGAUUAAACAUGUGUUAUCAUGUAAGGGUCAAGCUUUACUGACUGGUGAUUUGUUGAUAGCAGAGUCAUCCACACCAUGUUUGUUCUGUAUUGUAUGAGCUUAUCAAGACAUGCUUAUAUCUAGAAAGAUUUUUCAGCAUGUUGAAUAGUUUCUUUAUUGUUUUGGGUUUAAAAUCACUGAACAUGUCUCUCUUUCUCUCUUUAGUGCCUUUGAUAAGAAGCAUGGAGUCUAGAAUAAUGAUUCCAACCAAGAGUUCACCUUUACAAUAAGACAUCAUUUGAUAGGUGUCUGCCACCUCUGGACUGAAAUGAAUUUCCCAUCUGCCUAAGCAGCAUCUAUGUGUUUUUUAACCUGCUUGAUAAUCAAAGUUUUGUUCAUGCAUGUAAGCAUAAACAUUUCUAAUUCUGCAGAAUACAGUCAGUCUUAGAAAGACAGAAAGCAGUGUUUGUGUGCAUGUAUUAGUGAGAAUCUUAAAACCUGUUUCAAACUGCAAUGGUCAAAUGUGAAAGAAAGUAAAAUGUUAGACCCAAAUUAUAUGUAUUACUUUAAUAGACAGGUGUGGGAUGUUUGCUUUUCUCUGCUUUUAUCAUUAAUGAGGGUAAUGAACCAUGUAUUAGUAUUUCACAAUGAAAGAGUCGUCUCCACCCUGGCUUUUAUGCUUACACUUUUAUGACUGCAUCAUGAAUCACUGAAUGUGUCAGUCUCAGCUUCACAGCUUAGACCAUUGAAAUCUGUGUUUGAUAAAAUAAGACUACCUCAUUUAAUGAAUACAUAUCAAAUUAAUUCUAAGAUUGUAAUUAAAGCCAACCAGCAGGAGACAUGCUGGCAUGGAAUGGUCCGUAUUUUCAAAAUAAAUGUUGACACACCUCUAGUACUGUGGACAUUAUUUUCAUAAGGUGUUGUGAAUUAAAAUGAUGUCAAAAGAAGUAAGGUUCUUGUCUAGUUUUCUGAAAUAUAACUAAACUAUAACAAUAACUUGCUUAGACUCUAUGGUGUAGGAGUUAGUCUUUUGACUUUUCUCUCACAACUCAACGCAACUUAGCAUUUUUAGGGCAUCUUUCAUAUAUAAAAGCUUGCAGUCCUCACAACAAUAGGAAUAUUAGAGGAGAAAAGAACAGUGAAUGACUAUAACAAAGCAG